GGCAGGGCCAGGCAGGCGCACCGAGACGUACACGCGGACAGGGAGGCGGCGGGGAAGUAUCGGAAGGAACGGAAGCAAGCGGCCGUCCCUACAGUGGCCCAUCCUCAGUCUGCCCCGCCCCGAGUCAGCCGGCGGCACGCUGCGGCACGCUGCGGCACGCGGGACCGGCCGAAACGAGACGAGCAGGGCGACGAGCGAGCAGCAAGGCCCAGACAGACGCAGACGCAAGGCUGCUCAAGGCGGCCCUCGAUAUGAGACGCACUAUCUCGCUCUCUCACGGCCAGCUCGUUGCGCGUCGCACGUUGCGCUCGGCGUGAUCAGGUGUCUGUCCAGCGGACGCCGUCGACGCCGUCCAGCCCAGCGGCCAGCUCAGAGGGUGCCGCGCCAGUCGCGCUCCGCGUGCACGCCAAGCCGGUCGCCAAGGCGGUCGCCGAGAUGUACGACCGCGACACGCGGCCGCCCUGGAAGCGCGCCGAGGACGCCGAUUCCGGCAGUGAGGCCCAGCCGCUGCUGUCCUCCGACGCCAGCCGGGCCAGCCGGGGAAGCCACAGGAGCUUCAGCUUCGGGGCCGGGCUCUUGUUCGACUCGGAGACGAGCGACUUUGAGACGGGGCGGUCGUACGCCGACACGAGCAACCAGCCCCGCACUUUCGCCAACCAGUAUCAAUACAGGAACAGCAGGCUGCCCCCGCGGACUGGCGGCGGCAAGGAUGGCUUCACCGCGUCCACCACCCACGGCCUGGGCCUGCCCCUCGGCGGCCUGCCCCUCAGCGGACUGCGCGGCGGCUCCGGGGCCAACAACGGCAACGGUAGCAGCGGCGGCAACGGCACCCCCUACCGCUACUACACGCAGCUGCCGCCGCGCGAUUUCGACGGCAGCGGCCUGCUGACCGGGCAGAAGCAGACCAGCCCCGUGUUCGUGCCCUACCUGUCCCAGGCGGCGCCGGAGGCCGGCAAGCAAAGCAGUAUUGUCACCAUCUUCGCGGUGUGGAACACCAUCAUGGGCACGUCGCUGCUGGCCAUCCCCUGGGGGCUGGAGCGCGCGGGGCUGGGCGGCGGGCUGCUGCUGGUGCUGGGCAUGGGCGCCCUGUGCCUCUACACCACGUGGCGCCUGCUGUCCGUGCACCGCCUCCACGGCUCGGGCUUCGACGCCGAGGUGCCCGACCUGUGCCGCAAGCUGCUGGGGCGCUGGGCCGAGCUGCUGGCGCGCGCCUUCAGCCUGGUGGUGCUCAUGGGCGCCAUCGUCGUGUACUGGAUCCUCAUGUCCAACUUCCUGUACCACUCGGUGGACUACAUUCACGACGAAAUCACCGGCGUGAGCCCGGUCCGGUGGGACAACACCUCAAUGAUCUUCACCCCAGUGAAAUGCCACCUGCUGACGGGCACGGGUCAGGCCCCCGACGUCCCCACGGUCCCGGUGCCCGCCCCCGUGUUCGCCCUGUCCCUCGUCGCCCCCGAGGAGCCUCUGGUGGCGGAGGACAAGGGUUCCUUCCGCUGGUGGUGGAACCUCGAGUCCAACGUGCCCAUCUACCUGGUGCUCAUCAUGGCCCCACUCAUGAACUUCAAGUCAGCGACCUUCUUCACCAAGUUCAACUCCAUUGGGACGUUGUCAGUACUCUAUCUCCUGAUUUUCAUUCUGGUCAAGUCAUCGGCAUGGGGUGUCAAUUUAAAUAUGACUGACGUUAUGAGUGAACACUAUAGUCCUCUAUUUAUCUGGAGUUUCCCAGCAACUUCAGGCAUGUUGGCACUGUCGUACUUUAUUCAUAACAUCAUUAUCAGUAUCAUGAAGAAUAAUCGGCACCAAGAAAAUAAUGGUCGAGACUUAUCUAUUGCAUAUGUUUUAGUUACUGUUACUUACGCUAUUAUUGGAAGUGUUUUCUACAUCAGCUUCCCACUUGCAAAGUCUUGUAUUGAAGAUAACCUUCUUAACAAUUUUGAAUCAUGGGACCCAAUGACUGUGGCGGCUAGAGCUUUCCUCUUCUUCCAAUUGGUGACCGUCUUUCCCCUCGUGGCGUACAUGCUUCGGAGUCAGCUGUGCUCCAUGGUCCUGGGCCACACCUGGCCUGGCCGUCUCCCUGUUUUGUGCAUCAAUGCUGUUUUCAUAACAGUUUGCGUCUUGUUUGCUAUCUUCCUCCCUCGAUUUGGAACAAUCAUCAGGUUCACAGGGGCCAUAAGUGGUUUGGUGUACAUAUUUUUGCUUCCUGUGUUACUCCAUCUUGUAUCAUUGCAACGUCAGGGCAAACUCACUAAGCUUACAACUAUUCUUCAUCUCUGUAUACCUAUAAUAGGAACAGCAAACCUAAUUGCCCAGUUCUUCGUGUCGGAUUAGACUGAAGACGAGUGCCUCUGACUUGACUAAACUGUGAUUUCUGAUUACUCUGAGCUCUCUUGCACCAUGUUGUGUGCAACAAUAGGGGUGUAGUUUCACAAUUCAUCCAUUUAACCAUUUGUAGUUUUAAUGCACGACCUAGUGAUUCAUACUUUUAAGGUAUUGUUUUGUUUUUCUUAUCUUAAGUUUGGAAUCAAUCAUUUAUUGACCAUAAUUGAACUGUGAUAUAAAAA